AUGCCAACACCAGACGAUAGUGUGCUAAAUUCUAAUGAAAAUAGGCUUAUCAUGGAUGAGAAAAACUAUAAGCCUCAUGAACAAAAGACAAAAUACAACAGACUAUUUGCUAUGUUAACUGAAGAGCAAAGACGUGUUUAUCAAGACAUAAUUUACUCAAUAAAUCAAAACAAGGGUGGUAUGUUUUUUGUGCGUGGAUUUGGUGGUACUGGAAAAACUUUCUUGUGGAGUAUACUUGGAGCUGAUAUUCGAUCUAAAGGUAAUAUUGUUCUAAACGUUGCAUCGAGUGGAAUAGCUGCUUUGCUGUUGGAAGCUGGUAGGACAGCUCAUUCUAGGUUCUGUAUACCUAUCAAUAUAAACGAAUAUUCAGUGUGUUGGAUCGAUGCAGAGUCCGAUCUAGCAGAAUUGAUUAGAGAAGCGCAACUCAUUAUAUGGGACGAGGCUCCGAUGAUGAACAUACAUUGUAUUGAAACGUUGGAUAGGACUUUGCAAGAUAUAAUGAAGUGCAAUAGGAUUUUUGGAGGUAAGGUAGUUGUUUUGGGAGGUGAUUUUAGACAGAUUCUCCCAGUAAUUCCUGAAGGUGGUAGGGUCGCAACAGUUUUGGCCUCUAUAAACUCAUCGUUGCUUUGGCCAAGUUGUAAAGUUUUGAAGCUUACAGAAAAUAUGCGCUUACGAAAAGGUGUUAAUAACGUGCAAUCGGAUGCUCUCGCCGAGUUCUCAAAGUGGCUCCUGGAUAUUGGUGAUGGGAAAAUCAACGAGCCAAACGAUGGCGAGGUCGAAAUAGAAAUACCCAAAGAUUUACUAAUAACACCAUCUGAUGAUCCUAUCCACGCAAUUGUUCAUGAAAUCUAUGGUGAAGAAAGGCGUUAUCUUAGUUCGGAUUCCAUUGAAACAUCGGAUACGAGUGUUUUCAACGAUAUGGUAUACUCGCAGGAAUUUUUAAUCGGUAUAAAUGUUUCUGGAUUACCUAAGCAUGAAUUAACAUUGAACAAGGGAGCCCCUAUCAUGUUGCUAAGGAAUAUAGAUCCUAAAGGUGGUUUGUGCAAUGGUACGAGGUUAAUUGUUACUCAGAUGGCUAAUCAUGUUAUAGAGGCAAGAAUCGUAACAGGUAACGGUGUUAGUGAAAAAGUACUUAUCCCUAGAAUGUUUGUGUCUCCGCCAGAUGCAAAGUUUCCUUUCCGUAUGAGGCGUCGCCAAUUUCCUGUAGCUCUUGCGUAUACAAUUACUAUUAACAAAAGCCAAGGUCAAACGUUGGAAUACGUUGGAUUGUUUUACCAAAGCCAGUCUUUACACAUGGACAACUAUAUGUUGCACUAUCUAGAGUGA